CGCGCCAUGACCGCGCUUUGUUACGAAAAACCGUCGUGAGUGUCGUUAAAAAACUUUCAGUGUGGACAUAACCAUGGAUGUCAUUUACUUUAGUGCUAUCAUCGCUCUCGUGCAAGGUUACGUUACGGCGUCAUGUCGUUUUCCCGGCGCGCCGGCUCAUUCGAGAGUCACAUUCUCCGACGAAAACCUGACAGAGGGAACAGUAGCUACUUAUGCAUGCGAGCGAGGAUUUGAGCUCCUCGGUCCAUCUAGAAGACUCUGCGACACAAAUGGAAAAUGGACACCUGAUGGAAUUCCCUUUUGUGUUCUAAACGUUGCAGCCGGUAAGGCUCCAAUGCAAAUAUCUACUGAAGAGGGUGGAGUACCCCAGAGAGCACUGGAUGGCAGUACAUCUGCUGCAUUUAACGCUGAAACAUGCACCCUCACCAAAUCCGAGAGGGUUCCAUGGUGGUACGUCAAUCUUCUAGAGCCAUAUAUGGUGCAACUCGUAAGGCUGGACUUUGGAAAGCCUUGCUGUGGAGUAAAUAAACCAGCUGUAGUGGUAGUGAGAGUUGGUAACAAUCGACCAGAUCUUGGAACGAAUCCAGUCUGUAACCGUUUCACGGGAUUCCUAGAGGAAGGACAGCCUUUGUUUCUACCGUGCAAUCCCCCCAUGCCGGGUGCUUUUGUCAGCGUUCACUUAGAAUCCUCUACCCCUAGUCAACUGUCUAUUUGCGAAGCAUUUGUUUACACGGAUCAAGCAUUGCCGAUAGAAAGAUGUCCACAAUUCCGCGACCAGCCACCUGGAAGCACAGCUACUUACAAUGGAAAAUGCUACAUUUUUUACGAUCGACAACCAGCCAAUUUUAGAGAAUCCCUUGCAUUCUGCCGAUCACGAGGUGGAACAUUAGUUGACGAAAGUAAUCCUGCGCUACAAGGUUUUAUCAGUUGGGAACUUUGGAGAAGACAUCGGAGCGAUAGCAGCAGUCAGUACUGGAUGGGAGCGGUCCGCGACCCACAGGAUUCAAACAAUUGGAAGUGGGUGAAUGGUAAUGAUGUGACGGUCUCCUUCUGGAACGCUCCGGGUGGCAGCGAAGGUUGCGCUAGGUUCGACGGCAGCAAAGGCUGGCUAUGGGCUGACACGGAUUGCCAAUCGAGACUGAACUAUAUUUGCCAACACCAACCCAAAGCAUGUGGUAGACCGGAACAACCUCCAAAUUCAACGAUGACGACGGAGAGUUUUGAGGUAGGAGCCACAGUUGAAUAUGCCUGCGACGAAGGUCAUCUGCUCGUCGGUCCAACUGUGAGAACAUGCUUAGACACCGGUUUCUAUGAUGAGUUUCCACCCGUUUGCAAAAGAAUAGAAUGCGGGUUUCCUGCUGAUAUAGUUCAUGGUGUCUACGAGCUGAUUAAUGGUUCUGUUUCAUACCUAUCACAUGUACAGUACGCAUGCGAGUCUGGAUAUGAGAUGGUAGGCCGGUCUCGUCUCGUAUGUGAUAUUGACGAAAGAUGGAACGGCCCACCACCGCAUUGUGAUGUCGUACAAUGCGAAGACCCGCUACAGAUCCAAAAUGGCCAAGUUUCAGUUUCAAACAAUGCCUCAGUAUUUGGCGCUAUUGCAGAGUACACUUGUUUUAAGGGAUAUAAGUUACAAGGGGCGCGUAGAAUGAGUUGCCUUGCUACUGGCUCUUGGGACAAACCUGCACCACAUUGUAACCCUGAAGAGCGCAUGACUACCACCACGACAACAACAACCUCCACCAGCACGCAGCCACCGCCGAAUCCAAUACCGACUACACUAGCACCCACAACCGCUCCCGCACCAACAACUCCUCGUUUAGUGUUACCGACGAGACCAAGAACACAUCGUCCGCUAUCUUCUCCAAACCCUUUCGUAACGCCAGAGUCUACGCGAAGAGUUCGACCUAGGAUAACGACAACCGAACGUCCGACAACGAAAGCGCAUGAGAAAUCUCCACCAAGAAAAGUUACAGUUGCUGAUUCGCAGGACUCGCCCACGAGUCACGUUCCGCAUAUAAUUGUAGCCAGUCAUCCGAGAGAAAAUCAGAUCUUUGGUAAUGGCAAUAACAUCAGAGCGGAACAGACACCGCGAGUGAAUGUGCCGCUUCCAGUAGACGGUGACCGAAGGGAGACACUUGGGGCCCGACUUAAUAUAGGCGCAGUCGUAGCCUUAGCAGCAUUUGGAGCAUUGGUGUUCCUUAUCGCUAUUAUUACAACAAUCGUUAUCUUAGUUAGAAGGAAACACAACGACGGUAAACGAUACAGACAUCAUGUAUCCCCCGACUGCAAUACAGUCGCCUCACUGGAUUCAUCGUCUUCGGAAUCUCGAAGCGGCCUCAAUAGAUACUAUAGGCAGGCUUGGGAAGAGCUCCACGAGGCCACCGGAGCCAAACAUGGUCAUAGAAGACAGGAGAGAGAAGCUCCCAAAGACGGCUCCGAAUUGGUCGUUUCUGACGUCUAUCCAGCACAACAUAAUAGGGACAAAAGGAGACAUCACCAUCAUCAUCACCACCGUGAACCAAGACAUCCCGAUUGGCAACCGUCGCAUCGUCCCCACCACAACCACAAACCUAGAUAUUAAGAUAUUACAUUAGUUACUCGUGCUGAUAUCUGAUUAUUGGCGUCAGCAAUAAAUUACAUUCCAGUUCAUUAUUUAGAAAAAUGAUACAUUUCUUUCAUUUUUGUUAAAAUCAAACAUAACAAGACCGCCUGGAUUGUAACGAGUAGAUCUAGA